UUAUUUGUAGUAAACAUGUUUUUUUACUCAAGCAGGAAGUUAUUUGUUUUCUAUUCAAUGUAUCGGUGUCACGUUUGAAUAACUAAAAAAUGGCGUAUACUAUAUGUAGCAUAUUUUACAUUAUUGUUUUGAUUUAUAUCAAAGGAUCCCACCAGUCUCCAGUAUACUGUGGAAAGGUUUUAUGUGAUCAUGGAUGUUGCUAUGACGGGGAUACCGACAGUAAUUGCUGUCCUGCGGAAAUAAGCUUAUCUACCGGAGUAAUUAUUGGAAUAGUAAUUGCUAGUACGUUUGGUAUAUGUUUAAUGUGUUUUCUGUGUGCGUGGACGAGGAAAAUUUUACAAAACAAUAAAGACAUACGAUAUGCCAGAUUCAGGGAAGAAAGACAGGAACAUGCCAGAUCUACUACUGACCGAAACACACGUAAUUCACAUGCGAGAAAUCAACCAGAUGAUAGCAGUGCUCCUGAACGUUUUGUUUAUUUGAGGUUUUUAAUAGCUCGAAUAAAUGUUUACCGUACAUGUGACCGUCAACACAACAGUGAACCUGUACAUCCUCCUACGUAUGACGAAUGUUCAGCUCCACCGCCUCCAUACAGCGCUGUCAACUCCACACCAGGUGGUUCAAACCCUGUAUAGACACACAUAGAAAUAUACAGGGAAUCAAGCUAUGUAUAUAAAGAUUGUGUAAUACUCGAUAGGACAAACAUUGGGAAAGAGUAUAUACUAAGUGUAGUUUGUUAAGCGGUUGUUCCUUUCAAUAUAUUUAUGUUUAUUUAGUACUUACACUUAUUUUAUUGAUGGACACCACAAUUAAUUAAAGAUUUUAUGUUUUCUUAUAACAUAAUGAUGCUUUACUAACAUCCAAUUGCAAUGGUAGUGUACAGCAAUACAAUACAGAUGAGAAUUAUCGAUGGAGCUGGGUUUAUUGUAAUAUAUCAUUUUAUAUCCCUUUUAAAGUAACGCAGUAUUACUUUGGAGGUCUAUUUCAAUAUAUCCUUCUGUAUCCCUUUUAAAGUAACGCAGUAUUACUUGGGAGGUCAAUUUCUAUAUUUCAUUUUUUUCCCUUUUAAAGUAACGCAGUAUUACUUGGGAGGUCAAUUUCUAUAUUUCAUUUUAUAUCCCUUUUAAAGUAACGCAGUAUUACUUAGGAGGUCAAUUUCUAUAUUUCAUUUUUUUCCCUUUUAAAGUAACGCAGUAUUACUUGGGAGGUCAAUUUCUAUAUUUCAUUUUAUAUCCCUUUUAAAGUAACGCAGUAUUACUUGGGAGGUCUAUUUCAAUAUAUUAUUUUAUAUAACUUUUGAUGUUCUUCAGUUAUUUUUGUAGAACCAUAUGAGAUUGAUUAAUAUGUGUGCAUUUUGAUAACUGGACUAAGGGCUUAAAUGUUUCUAGGUUUGCUAAUUUAUGAUUUAUUCCUGCUGUUUUUGCUUUGCAUGUGUUCAUCUGUGUUUAAAAACUUAUACCAGUGUUCUUACAUGUUUGUCUGAUGUUUUUUGUUACGUGUGUACUUUUGCUUUGUUGGUUUUAAAAGCUUAUUAUCUAAUUUUGGAUGUAACGCGUCUUCUGUUUGGCUGACGUUGUUUAGUGCAUCAGGCCAUCGACAUAAUUUAUUCAUUAGACCGUGGUGUCAUCAACGUUUUUUCAUGGUUUUCACUCAUUUAAAAUGGAAUUGAGAAUUAAAUUAUAAGAAAUAACUGUAUUUUAUCUGUCUAUUCGAAAUAACAUUUUUUCCUUAAAUAUUUACAAUAUAGUAUGCUUUCAAUAAACUUGAUUAUAU